GAGAAAUAUUUUGUUUCUCUACAUGUUCAGGUAGCUAUUAAUUUUUCUAAAAAAAUUUUUUUAUACAAAUACUCGUCAUCUUUCCAGAAAGCGGACGCACAAUUCUUAAAGAGUUCAUUGCAAACUUAAGAUGAAAUCGUAUAAGAACAAAUGUCCAGUACGCCUGCAAUCGGUUUUAACAAUCUUCUCUCUAAUCAUCACUCAAGGUGGCGGUGUGCAUGGCCAGGACAUCGUUAUUAAGCCAUACAAGCAAUCUGAAAGUAAAACCAAGUGUCAUUAUGGGCUUAUUAGUGGCAUUGACACAAUAGUCAUGAAGGCUUCAGUUACAUAUUGGAACAGUAACCAUGAAUAUGCUCUAAAUGUUCAAAUGUUUAUAACUAAAGACAAUAAUACUUUAAAGCAUUACUCUGUUGACUUGAAGAAACAUUGUAACAAAGGGAAUAACUUAAAUGAAGGAUGUUUCUGUGAAAGUCUUCAGAAAGAAGUUUACACUGUGACUUGCAGAAUCUACGCUACGACGGAGUUGAGUGAAGCCGAAUUGCAUGGUGUCCUUUAUACAUAUACCAAAUCUAAAAUCAGAAGUAAUGUAGAGAAGUUACCCAAGGUUUACGGUAAUAUUUCAAAAAUAAGGAUUACGGUCAAUGAUGAAUAUAUUCAGAACAAGAACAGCUGCUCUUUUUUAAUGGAUAGCCAGAAACCUUCUAUAUUUUUCUGCUGCGACGACGCUCCAUGGCCGUGUGAAACGUUUAUUUAUAGUAAAGGAAUCAGGAUGGCUCAAAAGAAUCAUUGUGUCACAUACACAAGCAACGAAACUCCAGAAUCAAAGUACACUCUAGGUUAUAAAGUCUGUAAUAUCGAAAAGACUUCAGAAUCUUUUAUCUGUUAUGUUUCUAAUGCAUACUCGAAAAGAUUUUGUUCAGCUCAACUGAUAUUAAUCUUGGCUUUGAGCAUUGUCUUUCCUGGAAUGUAUUUAUAAUGGUUGAUCAGAUAUUCAAGUUCUUUGGGCAUUUUUAAACACUUUCUUUUAAAAACAAUUUAAUCCACCCAAAUAUGUACAAACAUUUAAAAUUUAGUUUAAAAAGAAUGUGUGCACUGAUUAAUUAUGAUGCAAUUACGUGUGCAUUUUUAGAUUUUGUUAGUCUUUUUAAUAAAGAUGCCCUUUUUAUCAUCCCUCUAUAUUCGACAACUCCUUUAGGCACCACAUUGUAACAAAAUUUUAACACAGAUUACAAUGUGAAUAAAAGGCCUAUUACAUUGUAACACAUUAGUAUGUAAUUCUAUAUCUAUCUAUAUCUAUCUUCUAUCUAUCUAUCUAUCUAUCUAUCUAUAUAUAUAUAUAUAUAUAUAUAUAUAUAUAUAUAU